AUGGUUCACAGAACGCCGAAAUUCUGUGAGCUUGGCAAGCCUGGCCCAGCCUGUCGUCCACCGACCCUCCCGAUAAAGCUGUGCGUCAUGCCAUGGGAGAGUCGGCUGGGCAGCCUUGGUUCCCGAUACUCAGAGGCACACUGGGACGGGAUCACGUUUGGGCAUUUUGCAGCUGAUGACUGUGGAAGGCCCUCGGUGAGCUUCACGUACAACCCUACCAACAUCGAUAACUCCUACCCGCAGCUGUUCUCCGAAGUCAACUGGCUCCCGUCCGUGGAGGCAAGCGCGAGAAUGUUCCUCGGCGAGUCGGACGGGUUUCCGGGAGAAUUGGAUGGUGCGAACCAACUUACGCUCACGGAUGUGGAUGGCACACUCUUGAGCUCCUCAAAACCCGAUGGAUCUUUGGUCACCGUCUACAAUCCAGCACUGGCGGAGCAAAGCUGCACGGAGUUUGCUGGCAGCUACUACAGCUGUCCGGACUUGCCGCUGCGGUACAUGACGUGGGAGGCAGUCGGGGGGCCAUCCCACCGCGUGCUCAGCAAGUUCAAGGCUUGGAGAGCUUCCGAUGACCGUUCUACUUGGUCUCAGGGUCCUAUGCCUCAGAAAGGUUGCAUUCCCGAUGAAGCGGAUCAAGACCGAAAUUGGAAGAUCCGUCCAAAUGACAUGUACAACCUCACCAUGUUCACAUCUCCGCCAAAGCACCACCGACUGUUCUGGUUCAACGACAAUGCGGAUGAGUCAAUCCGACUUGACAUCUUCCUGACCCAGCCGUUCAGACUGGAGGUCUAUGUUGAUGGCUCGCUAAUGCCCGAAGAUUCAUAUGACACUGCCAAGUUGGAUCCCCCGCGUUUGCCGGAACUCUCGGACGCUCACGGGGCCUAUGCCUUCGAUCCCCAUGCGCGUCGGUUCUAUCUCAUCAUGAAAGGCGGGGUGUUCGAUGGCCGUGCCUGGGCCUGA